AUGUGUCAAAAUUCUGGUAAGGGAACCGAAAAGGUAAAUGAACCAACCAAUGAUGGAAAGAAAAACGAAAGCAAAAAGGCAAAAGAUAAAGAACCACCUUAUGUGCCUCCGCCGCCAUACAAACCACUUAUCCCUUACCUCCAAAGAAUUGUUAAGUCUAAAAAUGAAGGACAAUUCAAGAAAUUCGUAGAACUUCUAAAGCAACUUAAUAUAACUAUACCAUUCACAGAAGCCAUUACGCAAAUUCCCUCAUAUGCUAAAUUCCUUAAAGAGAUUCUAUCCAACAAGAAAAAAAUUGAGGACAAUGAAACUGUUAUGCUUACUGCAGAGUGUAGCACUAUCAUUCAAAAUAAUAUGCCUCCUAAACUGAAAGACCCUGGUAGCUUUUCCAUACCAUGUUUAAUAAAAAAGUUUAUCAUAGACAAAGCUCUAUUUGAUUUAGGAGCCAGUGUUAGUUUAAUGCCCUUAUCCACAUGCGAAAAACUCCAUCUAGGAGAAUUAAGACCAACAAAGAUGUCUCUUCAACUAGCUGACCGUUCCAUUAAAUUUCCCGUAGGUAUGCUAGAAAACGUUUUCGUUCAUAUAGGACAAUUCUAUAUUCCUACCGACUUUGUAAUAAUGGAUAUAAAGGAGGAUUCCCACAUCCAUAUUAUUUUAGGAAGACCCUUUUUAGCCACAGUCGGAGCCAUCAUAGAUGUGAAGAAAGGAAGGCUAACAUUUGAAGUUGGAGAAGAAAAAGUUGAAUUUCUCUUAGCAAAAUUCCUACAAGCACCAGCUAUAGAUGACUCAUGUUGUUUCUUAGACGUCAUCAACGAAUAUGUGAAAUAA